AUGUCGUCUAUCCGUCCAAUUAAGCGACUGCGCUCCGAAAGUACCGAGACACUGGAUUCGACACCUGUGGCAUUUCCGAAUCUUACAGAGUCAAGUACGGCACAUGAACUCGGAUCGGUCACUAUCAAGUACCAUGGGAAUCCCUCCAUUCAGAGGGACUCCACACCAAGAGUGGUGCUCACGUCCGAGAUCGAGACCGUAUCAAUCAGUCUCUCGCUCGUGGUCGAACUUCGCAGGACGUUUUUGGAUUUCCAAGCGGACUACGAGUACAUAAGUCUCAAGCACUGGAACAUUUCAGAAAUCCAGGAUUCGGGCUCUUCGGAACAUCAUGUUGUGCUCACAUACAUUAUCAACGCUGAAGCAAGCAUUGGACUUCAGUGGGCGUGUCUGAUGAACACAAUGAUCGAGAAUGACGAAAUUGAAUAG